CGCACACUCGGACUCACCCGCCACGUUCUAUUUUUAUGUAACUCCACGUUACAUAUGUUAAAAUACUUGGCACACAUUCCAUCUGCAUCUGAUAAGAGUUCGAAGCUAGGGGCCUUCAUUUUAUAAAAUGCAUGGUGGCGGCGUGAACAAAGGGGAUGGAGCUUUUGAACUUCCCGAAGCUGGUCUUUUUAAUCAAGGUUUCUUAUCUGAUAUGGAGUGAAUGAGUCCCGGUUGUGAUGGAACGUGGGAAUUAGUUAUAGGACUCUUUAUUAUAUUAUAAUAUUGAAAGCAUUUUAAUGAUUGUCGAGUUAAAUUAAAAGAUAGAGUAUGGAUGAUUAAAUUGUGAGCUGUCUUGUAUGUGGGGAUGAAUUACAAGGUCAAGCAUUUGAAUUGUUCUUCUGAAAAUUUGUUUAUCGCACGAACUCAGAUUUUGUCCCUUGAACUUGGUUUCGUGUGUGUCUUUCAUAUAUGUAUACUUUAAACAAAUAAUAUAAAAAAUAAAACUAAAUGUGCAAUUUAAUUUAAUUUUUUAUAUUUUAUCACUAUCUUUUAUUGUGCGUAUAAAUUUCUGUAUAUAAAGUUACGAUUAUUGUUAUUUUUUUGCAUGGACCUCCGCUAUUUUAUCCUAUUCCUCUGUCUAAUUCAUUCGUUAUAUUGAGUUAAUAAUUUGGACUCAAAAAAAGUUGCAAUAAAUACAUUUCUGCGCAAACGUGGCGUGGCGGCGAACUUCCACGCUUGGUCAAAACACGGAACCGGGGGACAUUCAUGCCAUUACUUCAGUUUUCUUUUGGGUUAAAUAAUACCAUUACUCUUGACUUAACUAGAAUGCCUGACUCCACAAGUCUGGUCUUUGAAGCUUUGUUUUUGGCCUGACUGGUCUGUGAUGCUUGAUGAGCAAAACAAUGGAGAGUUUCAGAGUUCUGUGUCUUCAUUCCUUGCUGGUAUGCUUUACGAGGAGUCUCGCUUCACAAGACAGUAUCACACCAAGAAACUUGAUUAGAGAUGGCGAGACUUUAGUUUCUGCAAGUGGGUUUUUCGAACUCGGAUUCUUCGGCCCUGGGUCUCCAAAUGCCCGAUACUUAGGAAUAUGGUACAAGAAAUCUCCUUCUACAGUCUUCUGGGUUGCCAACCGAGACACACCUCUCAACAACAAUAGGGGAAAGGGUGUUUUACAAUUAAAUGACGAAGGAGUUCUUCUCCUUCUCGAUGCCACAAACAAUACGGUGUGGUUUUCGAAUAAUUCAUCAAUCAGGGCAUAUAACCCUUUUGCCCAACUCUUGGAUUCGGGAAAUCUCGUCGUGAAAAAUGGACGUGGGAGCGGUAGCAAUGGUAACUUGGACCGAUUCUUAUGGCAGAGUUUUGACCACCCUUGUGACAUCUUAAUGCCAGGAAUGAAGCUUGGGUGGAGUCAACAAACGGGGUUGGACAGAUUUCUGACGUCAUGGAAAAGCUCAGAUGAUCCAGGUCGGGGAGAUUAUGUAAUCAAAAUAGACCGUAAAGGGUAUCCGCAAUGCGUUGAACUGAAAGGUUCCGAGGUGAAGGUUAGAGUUGGGUCGUGGAAUGGCUUCUCCUUCACAGGGUUUCCAAAUCAUAAUGUGGAUCCCGCAAUAACUUAUGAGUUUGUGUUGAAUGAAACAGAGUGGCUGCACUCGAAGGGUGCCUUUGGACUGUGAUGGUGGUGAUGGAUUUAGAAAGUAUACCGGCAUCAAGUUGCCAGACACUUCUUCCUCAUGGCAUAACAAGACCGUAGGCCUUGAAGAAUGUCAGAGAUUAUGUCUGCAAAACUGUUCUUGUACAGCAUAUUCAAAUUUGGAUAUUCGAG